ACACGUAAGUUCAGUCUUCCAUUAUUCCUCGUAUCAGUCAUAGCUGUAACCGUUACAAGUCCAAAAUAAAUAAAUAAAAUUAAAACAAAAAUAAAACAAAAAAAUACUAAGAAAAAUGAAAAUCUUCUUUCCCUCUCUCUCACUCACUCUCUGAUCAGCUCAAAUUUAGGGUUUUUUUUUCAAAAAUCCCCCCAAUUUCGUUACAACCGUAGCCCGAAAGCCUUGUCAAUUCAUUGAUAGAGCAUAAAAUUGAUGGUGGAAGGCGCUGAAUCCGGCGGGCCCGAAAAUGGGCCCGGUUCGAAACCGGCGCCGUCGGUGGAGGUCGGCGGCGGCCGGGUGAGGUUCAGGGUGGACCUGAAGCCUGGGGAGACCACAAUUGUGUCUUGGAAAAAGCUUCUCAAGGAGGCCAAUUUGAGUGAGACCGCCCGGCCCGGCCCGUCGGGUUCGGGCCCGUCUCUCGAAGCCCAUGGUGGCGUCGUCUCUGAGCCGCUCCCUCCGCCCCCUCCUGCGGCGGCUUCUCAUACAAAAGAAACGGCGGAGAAUGAACCGAAGGAAUCGCAGGCGAACCGUUUGAGCAACGUGAUUGAAAGGAUUGAGAGGAUGUACGCGGGCAGCAGCGAUGAGGAGGAUCUUGUUCUUGACAACAUGCCUGAUGAUGAUGAGUAUGAUACCGAUGAUUCGUUCAUUGAUGAUACUGAGUUGGAUGACUAUUUCCAGGUUGAUAAAUCUGCAAUUAAACAUGAUGGUUUUUUUGUUAAUCGCGGCAAGUUAGAACGCAUUGAACCUUCUAUAUCCAUGGACCAACAGCCAAAAAAGAGGAGAAGGAAAGAUUUGGCCCAAGGUGGUGGGAGUGGUGAUGGACAUAGCCUGCAUAAAAUUAUGAAAAUGGAAAAUAAAGGGAAGAAAGCAGCAUCAUCCAUUCCAAGAAGCUCAACUAAUCAGGUUUACAAGGAGGCUAUAUCCAAUGUACAAAAGCUAGGUCUGGAUUCUCCAGCAAAUCCUACUGAAGUUUCAAUAAAGAAGACAGCAAUUAUCCAAGUUGCAGCUGAUUCUUCAGGAUUGCAGAAUGGUGAUGCCAUAAGCCAGGAUAUGUAUAAGGACCGACAAAAACCAGGAGUUAACCCAUCAGAGAAGCAUCUUAGCAAAUCGAAAGAGAGUGAACUUUCAAAUACAUCAACUCAGCGCUCAAAUGAUAAAAUCUCACAUGUACGUAAAUCUCAUUCUGGAAAACAACUAGAUAAUGUUAAUGGUCUGGAUAUGUUGAUUCAACAAAAAGACAAAGGUGCAAUUGUAGAAAAACUCGACCUUAAUGUUGCUGCAUGUAGAGCUUCCUUGCCAGCGGCGGAAGAAUCUCUCGUGCAGAGAAAGGAAGGUUCUAGUGUUAGACCGAAAAAUACAAAUCUUGAGAAGGCCUUUAGAGAGUUAGAGAAGAUAGUUGAACAAUUUAGACCACCUUCUACGGAUGCUCAGGAUCCUGUUAAUCAAUCCCAGUCAGGCAAAAAGAGAUUGCCUCCAGAAAUAAAGCUGAAGCUUGCAAAAGUUGCUAGAAUAGCGGGUUCCUGCUAUGGACGGAUUCCAAAGGACGUAAUCAACCGUCUGAUGAGCAUUCUGGGCCACUUGAUGCAAAUUACAACACUGAAGAGAAAUCUUCGAGCCAUGGCUAAUUCAGGAUUAUCCGCUAAACAAGAGAAGGAUGAUCAAAUACAGAAGAUGAAACAAGAAGUUUCCGAAAUGGUCAAGUCGCGGACUGCGCGCAUGAAAUCAAAACUUGAACAGCAUGAUGCAAAUUCAGAUGAUUUUCAGGAAGCUUGUCCAGAAGAGAGAGAAGCCUUGAAACGUAAAUACAACUUGGACGAUGUCUUGGAAAAUAAGAUUUGUGACUUAUAUGACCUUUAUGUUGAGAGAUUAGAAGAAGAUUCAGGUCCUCCAGUCAGAAAGCUAUACGAAGAGCUUGCUUUGUUAUGGCCCAGUGGCUUCAUGAAUACUGAUGGAAUUAAACGAGCUAUUUACAGAGCAAAAGACAGGAAAGGACUCUGCAGCUUCCGGAAGGAUCGAGAGAAAAUUAAGAAGAAAAAGGUCUUAGCAUCAAAGGCACAGGAUGCCUCUAACGAUAUACGGGCAAUGAAUUCUCACGAGAAAUUGCUGUCUCGUGAUCGUGGUUCUAACUUGGCAAGCAAUCCAGUUCCAGGUGCUGCUCGUGCACCUGUUGUUGCCUCUGCAAAUGGCCCCAAUCCGAAGCAGGAGAAAACCAAGAACGGCCCCAAUCCGGGCAGUCUGAAGCAGGAGAAAACCAAGAAGUUGAUCUCCAGCAGCGCCCCAGAUCAUACUGAUCCAAAGCUGUCAAGUUUGCUACCGAAAAAGAAAGUUAAACGGAAGCCUGAUGCCAAGGUGGUCGAAGCCACACUCCACCUCGAGAAGCUGGUGGUUUCGCAGGGCGGAGAAACGGCAUGAACUUGAUAAUCAUUUGGGUGUUGUUUAUCUGUGUAAAGCAUUGAACUACAGUUGAUAGUUGAUUGGACUACAGUUGAUAGUUUAGUAGUUUUGAGUUAGAUUUUUUGUUAUGGUGUAUUAAAGCUUUGUGGUAAUUUUUGUAAUUAUUGCAACUGAACUACAGUUUAUAGAGGAUUUUGAAGGUUCUCUAUUACAA